AUGAGCCGAGGAGAGCAGGUGGCCAAGGUUUUGAGCCGCGCCCUGGGCAGCGUGGCGAAGUAUUCGUUGGCGCUGGGUCUCGCGGGAGGCGCGGUGCAGUCGGCCUUGUACACAGUGGACGGUGGUGAGCGCGCGGUGAUGUUCAACCGCCUCAGCGGCGUCUCCGAGACGACGACGAGCGAAGGAACGCACUUCAGGAUCCCGUGGUUCCAGCGGCCGUUCGUGAUGGACGUGCGCACGCGCCCGCGUGCCAUCAACUCGAUCACGGGCACGAAGGACCUCCAGAUGGUCAACAUCGCCGUCAGGGUGCUCUCCAAGCCCGACAUCGAGAAGCUCCCCUGGAUCUUCUCCAACCUCGGCGAGGACUGGGACGAGCGCGUGCUGCCGUCGAUCGUCAACGAGGUCCUGAAGGCCACCGUCGCGCAGUACACGGCCGAGCAGCUCCUCACGAUGCGUGACGCGGUGUCGCGCCAGAUCCGCGAGUCGCUCCGGAGCCGCGCCGUGGACUUCCACAUCACGCUCGAGGACGUGGCCAUCACGCACCUCUCGUACGGCACCGAGUUUGCGCGCGCCAUUGAGGCGAAGCAGGUCGCGCAGCAGGAGGCCGAGCGCGCCAAGUGGCUCGUCGCCAAGGCCGACCAGGAGAAGCUCGCCGCCGUCGUGCGCGCGGAGGGCGAGGCCGAGGCGGCGAAGCUGAUUUCGGACGCCACGAAGGCCGCGGGCAACGGCCUGAUCGAGCUGCGGCGGGUCGAGGCGGCGCGGGAGGUCGCGGCCGUGCUGUCGCGGUCGCGGAACGUGGUGUACCUGCCCCAGCAGGGGGCCAACAUGCUGCUGUCGAUUCAGUAG